GAGUCAGUGGUUGCAUUCAAUGAUUCAUGUUCUUGCAGGGAGUUGUAAUGGCGCGGCGGUGUUCGUAAGUCACAGGUGAGCAGCCCUUCUCCAGGAACAGACAGAAAACCGAAGGCUGUCGCAUAGCGCGUCCAAGAAGCAACUCAUGCUGCACGGAGUCUGGCAGACGGAUCAGCCGAGAAAGGAGAAUGAUUAGCAGGUGGGUGGUCGGUGGACUGCUGCACAUUGCAUUGCUGUGUGCCAUUGUACUGUCCACUCAAUACCAUGCUAUCAAUGUCAGGGCGGCAUCCACCCCACCACGAUCUUACUCGACCCCAUCGCAUGCUGCUGAGCCAUUCGCAGCUGUGAACAAACUCCGCGGGAAGCCCACCAAUCUCUUCGUUACAAGCAAGUCCGCACCUGGCUUCCCGACCAACAGGGGAAUUCCCUGUGGCUCUAGCAUACAGCAGGCAUGCCCUAGCCUGAGUGAUGCACUGGAGACUGCUUCAAACUCUAUUUCAAACACGACUUCGGACGAUCUGGUUAUCAUACUUGCUCCGACCAAACAAGAUGGCUGCACGAUUUCACGAGGUGAGAUGAGUUUGGAUUCUUACAAUGUGAAUUUCAGCACGGUGACCGUCAAACCAGAUCCCGAAUCUAACUGCACAUACGGGAUCAAGUUAUCCAAUGAAUCAACAUGCGAAGCAAGUCCAGUUGCUAAAUUCUUCAGCUUGACAGGACCGUCUCUCAACAACGUUUCCAUUCAGUCCAUAUUGUUCCCAGCAGAAAAUGGCGUAUGUAACGAAUCACCUGCUUCUCCCCACGUCCUACUUUCUUUUCAGGGGUACGCUGGCCCGCCGCACAUCACGUUCCAGAACUGUACUUUUCAAGUCGGUGCUGGCUGCUCUGCCAUUCGGUUAGAAGUAUCUGAUCAAACGGAUGUACGCAUCCUGUACAAAGCCUGCAAGUUCAUUGGUACCGAACCACCUGGUGUCCCCUCAGCAUCAGCCGACUCAGUCAUCACCUUGGAUUCUAGUGACAACGAAACUGCAAGCGACGCCGUCACAGAUGCCCAACGCGGCGCGGUUUCAUUGGAAAUGGUUAGCUGUGAAAUAAAACACAUCUCCUUGAGCGCAAGCAACGAAGAUAGCGCAUUUAUCACAUACCGUACCAAUUCCACAGGCGGAAGUAUCAAGCUGAAUGUGAUACGCUGUAACUUUAGCCAUAACGUGCUGUCACACAUCUUUCUUUAUCAGGCACCACGUUUUGAACGCAUUUCCAUGGAGAUACGUCUUUCGGUAUUUGAAUGGAACACUGUUAGAAGGCUAUUUCAUGGAGAGGGUGAAGAAGUGUACAUUCUAAUUUCAAAAACAUCAAUUCUGGAGAACACCACCUUAGGCCCAGUUGGUCUGAAUAGUUUUGUUUCUGUGCAGUCCAGCAACAGCAGCAUUCGAAUCCAAAACAGCAGUUUCAAUGUCGCUGGCAAGGCUUGCACAAACCUAGCAACAUUUAUCUAUGUCACUGGAGGCCCAUUUGAAAACGCCACCACUACGAUUCGCAUUGAAGACAGCCGACUGGAGAACAAUCAUGAUCAGUCAAUGACGAAUAGCAGACCCUUCAUAUGGGUGUUCAAGGCCAGAAUCAUUCUCUCUGGCCGCAAUGUAAUCAGAGGUGACUACAACUCAAGCGAGGGUCCAAUACUUUCCGUGGGAGGCACCAUUGAGGUCAACGGCAUUCUUGACACGAACUUUGAUUCAAGUUUCAUACAGCGGCUAAAUGGCACGGGGGCCUUGAUUGAUUUUCGUAAUGUAACUGAGCAAUUACCAUUUUGUGAGAAAUAG